AUGGAUGUUCCUGCUAAUGAUGAAUAUGAUGUAAUACCAGUGAGAGAUGGAAAGAGUUAUAUAAUAGACCAUUUUUAUAAUGAUAAUAAGGAUUCAGGUGAUAAUAAGCGUUCCAUAACGAAUUCAGAAAUUGAUAAAUUAGAAAUGAAAAUAUUAAGUAAAAUUUCGCAAGAAUUACAAACUGACGACAGUUCUGUUGGCAGUCUCGAUUCAAAUAUAAAAAUUUUCAAAACCACCGUACAGCAGAUAUUUGAGAACUUUUAUAAUAACAUGCAAGAUUUCGAGAUUUAUAAACAAAAGUUUAAUGAUAUUUUGGAGAAGAACAAAGGAGAUUCAGUGGGUGAAAUGGAGAACUUUAUAAGAGAUAUGAUAAAACACAUAGGUUCCUCGGACUCCUCUGUGUUGAAUAACAGCAAAUUCGAACGCUCAAAUCAGGAGGAAAGCCCUAAUGAGCCGAUACCUAAUAUUACGGUAGAAACUUUUAAAAAUGAUAAUUAUUUGACCGAUUCGACAUUUACGGGAAGUUCUAAAUGUAAUUCUGAAACGAAAAAAGACGAAACUGUGAACAUCUACUUAUUAAGUGGCACUCCUUAUCUAAACAUUAAAAUGAACGACCGCAGCCUUUUUUCUGAAAUAAACAUUGGACAUCAAUAUGUCGAUGGUAUUAAAGAGCUUGCUUCAGCCGAGAAUAUGAGAAAAGUGGCAGCAAAGAAAGUGGAACUGGAAAAUUAUGUGAAGCAGAAAAAAUACCAUUUAAACGAUAGAGAUAUUCCCCUCAAGAAUUCUUGCGCAAAAAAAAACAUACUGGACGAAGAGUUUAAUGAAGAAAAAGAUGAGGGCAGUAAAUUUUUUAUAUUUAAAAUUUGCAACUAUAUCUGCAGGAAAAUACGUAAAAAUGCAUUUGGU